UUCUGUCAAAGGAGAAGUUGCGCUGUAGAAAUGAUACCAGCUGCAAUCACUGCAGUGUUUCGGGACUGUGUGGAGAUUGAUGAUGAAGACGAACAGCAUGCAUGUCAGCUGUAUGAUUAUGUAAAAUCUGGCGACAUAGAAAAUCUCAAAAGGGUUCUAGAAUAUCCAGAGUUCCGAGCAGUGAUCAAUAUGAAAAAUCACCUGGGAUGCACUUCACUAAGGAUUGCAGCCGCUGAGGGUCACCUUGAUUGUGUACGAUAUCUACUGGAUUUUGGAGCAUCUGUAGACAGCCCAGAUGUCAAACUUCAGACUCCAUUAUUGGUGGCACUGAAGAAUUUCCACUUUGAUUGCGCUGAAGUGUUACUAGAGAAAGGAGCCAACCCUAACGGGGAUCCACACCAUGUCACAACACCUUUAUAUGUCAUGACAAUGCAGGGUUCAUUCAGAGGAAUGAAGUUACUGUUAGAACAUGGAGCUGCUACAUGUGAAUCUCAUAACAACUUUCUACCUAUGAUGUCCUUGCAUGUUCCAUUGUGUCCGAUUCAGAUUGCACUGACUUAUAAACGGUACCACUGUGCACGACUGCUGCUUAAUUAUGGGACUGAAACUGAUUAUCUACCUUCAUCCCGUCCAGACAGAAGCCAUAUGAUCCUGUAUGAUCUGUGUAUCAAUAAGUUAUGUGCAUUGGUGGGAUUUCAACUUCUCUAUGAGUGUGGUACCAACAUACAUAUAAGGCCGAAAGACAGUAAAAAGGUAUGGGAGCUGGAGGAGAGACCGGAUAUCAGGCGCUACCUUAAAUAUAUUACUGAGAAUCCCCGUAGCCUGAAGUCUAGUUGUCGCCUGUCACUGAUGCGUCAGUAUGGAAGGAAUCUGUUGACACAGAUAGACAAGAUGGACAUUCCUGUAGUUCUGAAGUCCUAUCUCAGUCUGGCUGACAUCAGCUGACAUCAUCCUGGCUUAGGAACACUUCAAAUAAUUAACAUACUCUUAGAUGUAUAUGUAUAAAUAUUGUGUUCAAAAAGAUGCCAUUUAACAAUUAUUUAUAGUUUUGUUUUGUUAGAGUUUUACAAACCAAUUAUGAAAAUUUUUCCUUGUGACUUAUUGCAAAGUGAAAUCUCAUAUUUUUAUUCCAUAUUAUUGUAGUUUGAUGCAGCACAGUAAUAGUACUAACUGCUGACAGAGAUUAUGAAUUGGUUUUAUACCUCUGUAUAAAAUAUCUCUGUAAUGUAGACUCUAAAACUUAAACAAGUUUAUAUAUCCUCUCUCUAUAUAUAUAUGUAUGUUUAACUAGUAAAUAUGGUGUGCAUCAGUUAGAUUAUUCAAAAGAUAAAAUCAACACAGUAGUUUGCUAAUAUUUACAGGCCGAGGGGGUUGGUUAAUGUUUCCAGGCCUGGCGGGGUUGCUAACAUUUUCAGGCCAAGCGAGUUGGCAAAUGUUUUCAGUAUUAACUACGGUCGCUAGGCUUCAAUGAAUUUAUUUCCAGUGAUGGGAAGUCAUGGAAUACUAAUUAAGUCAAUCAUUUAUACCAAUUAUAUGUGAAUUGUACAUUUAUCGACCUGUAAGAGGAGUUAAAAAUAUGAAAUUAGUUUGAAGACUACACGAGCCUCGUCUUGCCAUAAUCAUUAUAUAUACAUAAGUUGAUAAUGAAUACUUUUUUUCUCUUAAAAAGAUUUCAAAAAGAACUGAUUUAGUAUUUUGACUUCAUCUUGACAUCAUAUGAUUAAUGAUCAAGUAAAUGAGCAUACAUUAUAUAAAUACUUUAUGCUAAUCAAACGCUAAUACUGCAGCUUUUAGUAAAAUAAUCGCUUUCCUGUGCUUAAAUUUCUAUUGGAAUAGCUGAAACUGUGCCAAGAAAAUCAUGUAAUGCAUGCUUUGUAACCUACAUUGGAGGUAUUAAAAUAGGCUUGUAUACUUAUAUACAUGUAUAAACUUUAUUUUAUAAUUUUUCUAUUUUGGUUAUCUCCCUUUACAAGACACACUAUUGAUCAGAAAGUGUUGUGUAUUUUAUCUUAUUUCCUUUUCUUCAGGAUUCAAUACUGUGCCAAAUAUUUGACUGUUAAUAAAAUCAGUGUCAUUGAAAAA